AAGACGUUCGGUGCGUCGCUUGCGCGAGGGUGAAUUCAUAGUGGUCGAGACAUUGGGAGCGCGUUGGCAGAGGGCCGGGAAGAAGGCAGUCAUGCUGGAAGCGUGCUUUCAUACGUAGACGUAAGCACCGCAAGGGGUGGCUUCGAGGCGAUCGCGUUAUCUGCGAGGGUUGGCGGUGAGAACGGCGCAUCAGGCCGCGUGCGAUGGGACGAGAGACGGCAGUCACAGCGACGUUCCUGCGCCACCAGAGGCAUGUGGUGGCGGGAGGAGGUAUGGCCCAAUAUGGCUAGGUGGCUGUGGCGGGGAAAAGGUGAGAAGGCCGACAGCUUCUUCGGCAUCCGGAUAUGGACGCAGCUUGGCAGCAUAUGGGCGGCUUCCGGACCGGCGAUCGCUUUUCGAACGCGCCCAACGCGUCAGUUGUGGCGUCCCAAUGGCGUCAGCCUGCCAGACAGGGUUCCUGGCCCUGGCCGCUUAGCAACGCUGCGCCGCGGACGCGAGCGGCGGCGGUGCGGGGGCGAGCGCGACGACGAGCAGCGGGCUCCGAGCAGUGUGCAGGGGCGAAGAUACGGCGGGCACCGCUGCGGUCAAGAUCGCUCGCGAGCAAGCUGGGUGAUGGCGGCAUAUGGAGAAGGGAGGGACGCGUGUGAUUGGCUACCGACAGGGCGGCCCGGACGUGCUGGCAACCGCGCCUGCAGACGAACGUGUCGCGGAAAACAGUUUGCAGCCACCGCGUCGUCCGAGCGGACUGCUAUAUGCACCUCUAGCUGCCCCCUACGCUGCUGCUCGCCCUGCGCUCUGCCUGGGCGGUCCUCGACCUCCGGUGUCUCGUGUAUCGUUUUAGACUGCCUCGUAUAUUUACACCCAACAGGGGCACCCCGUCGCUCCACGCCGUGCAAGCCGCCCCGACGAGCUGCGAGUCUAUAGACCAUACAGUACACACCCCGCCCUCGCGCCUCGCGUUCGCAUUUGACCUCACCAGCACGUCGGGCCCCGUCUGAUUGCGCACGACGAGAAGCACGGCGAGAUCUGCUGGGACGCUCUAUCUCUGCUGCCUGCAGUUAUCUGCCACGGCCCCAAUCACACAGCCAGCCUCCGCCCGAACGCACGGGCUGACAGAUCCCCUCGCUGUCUUUCCCGCCUUUGCUAAUUUCUCUCCUCGGGUCUGUGCCGCCCCGCAUUCCAUCCAUCCCCGCGCACGCUUCCUGUUGCCCCUUCAUCUCCACUCCCACCUCCAGGUACUUUCUUUCCCUCCGCAUUUUUAGUUCCUUUUUCC